AUGUUUGUGACCACAAACAACAUUGCUACCUUUGACAUCGCCAUACCCUCACGCGUGCACGUCGCCAUCAAGUACGACUCGCUCAAUGAGAAGCAGAUGCGUGCCAUCUUCAAGGGCUUCCUCGACAAGCUCGAGCCGAACGCCGUAGACGGCUAUGACGAGAUCCUCGAGACGUGGUUCGAGGAGACCAUCCGCAAAGCCCAGUUCGACGGCCGCCAGAUCCGCAACACGGUCACAGUCGCGCUGGGCUUGGCGCGCACGGCACGAGAGGACAGCCCCGGCGACGGCAAGCUUACCAAGGAGCACCUGAAGAUGGCGUUUAGCAGCGUGGCGGCGUUUCAAAACGACUUUCGUUUCCAGACGGAGUUUUGCAAGGAUGCUCAGAAGGCUAUGGUGAAAUAG